AUGCGUAAGUAUGGGGUUCAUCAUCGAGUUUUUAUGGCCUACCACCUACAGACUAAUGGGCAAGUUGAGGUCUCUAACCGAAAGGUCAAGAGUAUCUUGGAGAAAACGGUCAACCCAAGUCGUAAGGAUUGGAGUACCCGAUUGGAUGAUGCACUAUGGGCGUAUCGCACGACAUAUAAGACACCAAUCGGAAUGUCUCCGUAUAGGCUGGUUUUCAGUAAAAUGUGUCAUCUACCUGUGGCUAUUGAACAUCGGGCAUUUUGGGCAGUUAAACAGUGCAAUUUAAACACGGAUAGAGCUGGAAAGGAAAGGAGACUCCAACUUCAGGAGUUGGAGGAAAUCCGUUUGGACGCCUAUGACAAUGCCCGACUAUACAAAGAGCGCAGAAAUCUUUCCAUGAUCAAUUUGUGCGCAUUAAGCAUUUCUCUAUAG